AUGGAGAGAGGAAGAGAGAUGAAGUCAAAACGAAAGAAUUUAGAACAAGGUUUCAAAAGAAAAGAUCGUCUGGAUCGCCACAUAUAUACUCAUACAGGAAAGAAACAAUUCGCUUGUGAUUAUUCCGGAUGUUCAAAAGAGUACACUAAUUCAUUUCAUUUGAGAAGACAUAUAAAAACAAGUCAUCAGAAAAUUAAACUUGUUUCCUGCAAAAGUUCUGAUUGUAAUGAAACGUUCACAAAUUCGAGUAAUAUGAAUCGCCACUUUCAAUCGCAUCACAUCAAUCUACUGCCAUACAUAUGUACCCAAUGUAUUGAGAAAUUUCGACGAAAACAGCAAUUACGAAGGCAUGAAGCGGAGAAGCACACUGGAAAAUAUCCCUAUAAUUGUAGUUACUGUCAGAAAGGAUUUAUCAACACGUCAUCGCUUACACGUCAUUUGAAAACGCAUAAACAAAAAGAAAAAACUCACUCGUGUUCAGAAUGCCAAACUAUUUUCUCAAAAUGGUCUCAACUUGUGCUUCAUCGGCGACGAUUUCAUAAAGAAAAGCAUUUUGUUUGUGAUUUGUGUGAUAAAUAUUUUUCACGCAAACCGCAUAUUAAAGAACACAUGAAACUACAUUCGUUAACAUCGCAGGAUGUAUUUCAAUGUUACUAUGAAAAUUGUCCAAAAUUUUACACUUUAAAGCGAAAUUUAACAUUUCAUAUUCGAUCAAAACACGAAGGUAAACGAUGGAUAUGUGAUUAUUGUCUUCAAAAACUAUCAACUAAACAAAAACUUAUACUUCAUCUUGAAUAUAAGAUACGCACUGGAAAAUGUGUUAUAAAUAAAAGGAAAUUGUUUGAAAAGAAAUCUAUUGUUGCCCUUCUAACAGGAUUAGAUAUUCCUUCAACAAUAGAUGAAAACCCUUCUAAAGAAAACUUCUUAAAGUCAACUUAUGAGACUGGUGGAGAAUAA